AUGGAAACCAAAUCUGAAUACGGUUUAUCAAAGGAAGGCCAAAGCUCUUUGGGUAAGGUGGUGAUUGAGAUAAAGAAUGUUCUAUUUUCAGUAACCAGAUAGAUGCUUAUUGAUGAUGAUCCAUCCUUGUUGUUUACGAUCGCAUCAUUACUCAUCCAGCUAUUUUAAAUGACUUACAUUUGCUUCAAUCGAAAUCUUUAUUCGGCUUGGAAGCAUGAUGAAAUAGCAGAAUAUGUAUAAUCGAUAACUGGCUAUGUUCUAUUAUCUCCUCAAUAUGAUCACAUGUCAUAUUCAGCAAUGGUGAUAUUAACUUACCUGUUUGUAGGCAUAAUUGCUUUAGAAAUUUUACUCUAUUUGGUAUUGAGCAACAGAACUGAGAAACUCAGCAAGACUCUGCCCAUGACAAUGUUAAAAUCAAUUAUCAAUUUGAUGCUUUCAAUUUUAUAUAUGCCAAUUGUAGAUUUAUUUAUUUCAGUGUGGACAUGCAGAGAUUCUUACCACUUUUCAUUUACGAAUUAUGAAUGCUGGGCAGGCAGUCAUACUGUCCAUUCAAUUGUCGCAAUUAUAUUUUUGAUCAUAUUCUACACCUUGAGUGCAGUUCACUCAUUUCUCUAUUAUGAAGCACGCUUUAUUUAUACCAAUUCUAUUUCUAAGCAGAGUGGGUUUGAUGAUUUUAUUUUGAAAACUUACAUUCUGAUCUAAGUACUAAAUUAUUCAUUUAUUGAAUCAUAAUAUGUCUAGGUUAUUUUGAUAGCCUUCGGAAAUAUAACUCUCUAUAUCUAUAAUUACCACCAAAAUACUCACAACAAUCUAAUAGUCUAUAAAAUAUAGUAAAUGAUUAUUGCAAUCAAUAAUUGGACUUGCAUAAUGUUGGCUUUCAGUAAGAUCCUAGAGGAUGUCAUAUUUAGAGGUACCAUCUAUGCAUGGCUAUUGGGAAUUCCUUUAUUGAUUAUUAUUGUGAUACAAAACCCUGAGGAAAGAAUAGAUUUGUUGUUAUUGGAUAAUUUCAAAGGAACAAUAAAUCAAAUAUUGUUAUAGUAACAUCAUUUACUAAGAUUGCACAAUUGGAAUACUCAAUUAUUCAAUAUCAUUUUGGAUGGAUAUUUGAAGACUCACAAUUAAACAUGUGUUAGACCUGACUGUGGCAAGGAAUUAAUUAAGAUCAUUUAGUAAAAUUAUUUGGAUGCCAGUAAGAGAUUCCCAUAUGAUUAUUAAUUGAAGAUUAGAUAUGGAUUCUUCUUGCUCCAUAUUGGUUAAAGGUAAUAUGCCUUGUAGGAAUUCAAUCAAGCGUAGAAUUUGAAUCCAACUAUGGAUUAUGAGUUUGUGCUUUUUAGAUACAAGAAGAUUAUUGAAGAUGAAAUGAACGAUUAAAAUGUUGAAUAAGUAGAUACUCAUAAUGAUACAAUGUACUUAAAUAUCAUCAAGAACUUUUAGAGCAAGAUUGAAAGAGUAACCUUGAUAAACAUGGAUUUCUGGUCUUAAUUGUAAGAAGAUUACCCAGAUUUAGGGAAAUUGAAUUAGAUAGGUUUGAAUAUUCAUAAUCUAAUGAAUGAAAUUGAAAUGACCUGGAAUAGAUUAUAAAAGACAAAAUAGAAUACUUAGAAGAGUUUAAAAAUGUAUAGUAAAUUUAUGAUUGAUGUUGUGUAAGAUUAAGAUUAUGGUGAGUUGUUGUAUGAGAAAUCUAGAGUCAUGGAUGCCUCUUAUGUGAGGAAGGGUAUAUAGAUGGCAAGUAAGGAAGAAAUCAGUAUGGAGAGUUUGCCUACAAUGAUCAUUUCAUUAGCUCCUGAUAAGUUUGGACAAAUCAUAAAUCUCAAUACGGCCUGUCAUGUAUUUGGCUAUAUGAAGAAUGAAUUAAUUAAUAGGAAAUUGAAUGUCUUAAUACCCAAUAUCUUUUAAAAAGCACAUGAUUAGCUAAUGAAAUUGGGAUUCGAUUAAAAAUUGAGUAAAGAAAGAUCGAUUUAUGUGAAAAAUAAAUAGAAUUAUCUCAUUCCUUGUAUCAUUGAGAUGAAGGCCUUAACAUCCCUAGAUUAAUCAGUUAUGAUAAUAGCAUAAUUUAAGUUAUUCAAACCAUAUAAGCAAACAUGUUAUAUAUUGUUUGAUAGUGAUGAUAUCAUAGACUCAAUCUCUUUUAAUUGUAUAAGUUUACUUGGCUUGGAUUUGCGAUUGAUACAGAAUAAGAAAUUAUUGGUGAGUGAGAUAUUUCCUUAAUUGCAGGACAAGAGCGAAUUCUUAAUUAAAGGGGGAGGUGUUAUUUAAUAUAGGAUACCAGAAGAUAUCAUGAGCGGAUAGAUUCAAUCCAAUGAAUACAUUGAUGAAAAGACUAAGUUCUCUUAAGAGUUCGUAUGUACAUUGAAUUCAGUUACAUUAAAUAAUUAGCAAUUAGGUUAUAUGAUGAAAUUAGAAUAAAAAGAGAGUGAGAAUCGAUUAGUUCCAUUGAAGAAAUCAAAAUCUAAUUUCUAAUUUAAAUAUAAUGUUAAUAAGAAGAUCUUUUUGGGAGAAUUCUCCACUGAUCAAGUCUCAGCCAUUCAUGAUUUAUCAUCGGUUCAUGAUUAAACUGUAGAUGUAAGUGCCAUGUCUGUAAAAAACUAAUCAAUUACACAAGUGAAAUCAUCAGAGGAUCAGAAAUUUGAUUAUGGAGAAGGCAUUAAGACAUUGUAACUCUUUCAAAAUAGAAUUCAGGAAAUUGAUAAGGAGGAAAUUAUGGAAGAAUUUGACGAAGAACAUUAAUAAAGUGUAUUUCAAAAUAAUAUUGAAUAAUAAUAGGAUAAUGAAAGUAGCAUUAAUAACAACAUUUUUAAAUCAAGAGCUUCGUUGUAAGAAUAAAUCAAAAAUUAAGGGAGAAUUUCAAUUAUAUCAAAAAUGAUCUGGUUUACAAAUAUUUUAUAUCUAGUUAUGACAGCCUUAGCCUUCUUUGAAUUCUUUUAUUUAAAUCAAUAGUAUAAUGAAAUCGAAGAUAACAUCAAUCUUAUUGGAAAAGAAAACCAAAUACAAGCCACAUUAUAAUCUAUAUUGACAAACGUAUAAAAUCUGAAGAUGCUCAAUUUAGGUGUUUGGUAGAAUACAAAUAAGUCCUCUUAUGAGACAACUUAAAAGGAAAUCCUGGUCAAGCAACUAAAUAAUGUUUAAGAUUUAAAUAAGGAGAUUAUUAUGAGCGAUUUAAAAAUGACAGACUAUUAUUCAAAUAUGAAGGUUUCAGAUACUGUUAAAAUGUAUUUUAGCACUGGUUCAAGCCAAUAAUAUGAUUUUAUGGAGGCCACUCAAUAAAUUAUCAGCAAAGGCAUUGAAGUAUCAAGUAUGUCUCUGAAGGACAUUAGGGAAGAUUAAACAAGUGUUUUCUUUGUAGAAUAUAACCUUUUAAAUGAGUAUUGGAUGGCAUUAUCGAUAGUAGCAGAUUAGUUUGUUUUAGCAUUAGAUGACAGAACUACCAAACAGGAAUAGAUUGAAAUUAUUGUGAUUACACUUUCUGCUAUUAUGUUAUUUGUGUCUCUAAUAAUUUAUUCGAUAGCAAUCAUCCUCUUAACUUAGAUGAGAUUAUCAAUACUACAGUUAUUCUUAGAUAUUCCAGAAAAGACAGUGAAGUAUUUCUACAGCAAGUGUGAGAAUUACAUAAGUAAUUUAUAGGUAGGAGAGGAUGAUGAAAAUGUCUCAUUUUAAGAAGAUUUAGAAGAGCAGGCAGAGUUGAAUAAGACUUUGAAAUCAAGAAAGAAGAAGAAGAAGUUUAUUAAUUCUAAUUAAAACCACAAGGAUCAUAUAUUAUUAUUUGUAUUUUCAGUUAUGAUAUUGUAAGGAUAUUUUAUAUUUGCCUAUUUUGUAACAUAGAAUGAAUUGAAUAAUAUGAAUUAACAAAUAGCUGAAUUUAAUAUCACAACGAGAUGUGAAGGUUUCUAUAGGUUUUGCGAUAAUUCUGAAAGGCAACUGUUUUAUAAUCAAGAAAUCAAAUUACUCAACCAAGAACCCUAUGACGUGAUCAAAUAAAAUGUAAAGGAUAUGUAUGCAUAUGAUACAUCAAUGCAAUAACAACAUGCUUUGAACAUAGAUGUGUAGAAUUCAGAUUACAGAAGUGUGUAUGAACAUAUAAUGAUGUCUGAUCCGUGUGAUGUACUCCCUUCAUAUGGAUCUCCUGAUACUGUUACUUGUGAAGCCUUUGCAAGAGGAGCACUGGCCUAAGGGAACUCGAUUGGAGUGGCUAGAUAUAUAGAGAAUUUGCGAUACAUUAUAACGAUCUAUGACAAAUUUAAAGGUCUUGGGUCUGCUCCAAAUUUCACGACUGUUGCAAGAGGAGAUGCAGUGGCUUCUCAUAUAGUAGAGGAUGCAGAGAGAAACAAUAUUUUGAACUUGAAUAACUUCAAUUAGACAAAAGAGUCGAGGGUAUAUCAAUCUAAUUAUCUAACACCAUCUUUUCGAUAUUUGACUGAUAACAUGAUUGAUGGAUUCAGUAAGGAUUUAAGUGAUCAUGUAGCAUAGAAAUUGGCAGUUUUCAUAGUUUUCAAUGUCUUACUCUUCAUAAUGUAAUUUUUGAUCAUGUACCCUUUCCUUUUGAAAUUAAACAAGCAAAUAUCAAAUACAAGGCUGUUGUUGACAAUGAUUCCACUGAGAUUGAUACUCAAAAUAUACUCCAUAAGAAACUUCAUCAAAAAUAAUUUGACUGAUAUUUAAUAUUGA